AUGCCUCAGAAUAUAGGGGAUUGGCUCCUACUUGCAAAGGACUUUAAGGAAUUAUGGAAUUUUCCCCAUUGUGUAGGCGCCAUAGACGGAAAGCACAUUGUAGUUCGAGCUCCAAGAAAUACAGGAUCAUUACAUUUUAAUUAUAAAGGAACAUUUUCAAUUGUGUUGAUGGCGCUGGUUGAUGCAAAUUUGCAAUUCACCAUGAUUGACAUAGGAUCAUAUGGGCGAAAUAGUGACGGUGGUGUUUUUGCACAUUCAAAGUUUGGGACAGCCCUGAGUUGCAAUCAGCUACAUUUGCCGCUUGCUUGUGUUAUGCCUGGAGCUGAGGAACUUGGUCCGAUGCCGUAUGUCAUUUUAGGUGACGAGGCGUUUCCAUUACAGGAACACAUCAUGCGCCCCUAUCCUGGUAGAGGACAUAAUUUUGCUGAACAAAUAUUCAACUAUAGAUUAUCAAGAGCCCGUAGAAUCGUGGAAAGUGCUUUUGGCAUAUUAGCGGCUCGAUGGCGGGUAUUCUACACAAAGAUUUGUGUCAGCGUUUCGACCACAAAGGCUAUUGUUAAAGCAGCAAUAGUUCUCCACAACUUAUUGCAAAGGGAGACAACAGUAGCACAGACAGCGACACUCUUAGAGGAUAACCAAGCCAACACAACAGACGGCUUCUGUCCUUUAGUCGGUGUGGGGAAUAGAGGAUCGGAACACGCCAUUGCGAUCAGGGAGAAGUUUAAGAAAUAUUUCACUAGGUUUGACACGCUACUUUGGCAAGAUGUACAUGUAAGAUGGGACUGCUUUGGUGGUUCACAGUAA